GUUGAAAAUCGACUUAACGCAGAUUAACCGUAAUGAAACUUUCGCGCGGAUCGCGCGCUCUCGCGAAAAGAGGCUGGGUUACAAAGCGCUAGUAAUGGCGACUAUGUUCUUUGGAGAUGUCCGAGGUUGAUUUUGGCCGAUUCUACCGCAGACUUGUUUAGGAUAGUUUCGGCCUUUAAGACUUCAGAAAUAACCUCUAUAGUUCUAUUGUCAAAGGUGGGAAUCAAAGGGCUGAAAAAGAUGUAGUUUGAAGUGGACUCAAUGUAUUUUAGCAUGAGUGAAAGACGUUUGCUUUCUCUUCUAUUGUCAUUCACUUGGUUUUUGCCACUACAAGGGGGCAUAAACGGUAAGGAAUUCUUAGAUAGUCUAAACAUGGCGAACAAAUCAUGAUAUCAUCACAUCCAAACUACGUAAUGGUUUUCUCAAAAGUUUACACUAGAUUUCUUUCCAUUCUCUCGGAGAAUCGAUCAAAAUUAAAUGUUAUGUUUAUUACAUUUAACUUAUAAUAUCAGCGGUGAAAACAUACAGCUGUUUUAUAAUAUUAUUGUAGGUGCAUUUGAACCAUGCCCUGGGAAAUACUGUGGAAGAGUAAUUAAAGAGGAUGGAAAACCUGGAGACUGCGGAGUAAGUAAUGCGAUUCUUUAAUAAACAACAAAUUUUUAAAAAUUUCUCGAGAAUGCAGACGCUACAUGUCUUUAUUACAGUCCAAUAGUAAGCUAGUUGCUAAGCUUGAAUUAAAUCCACAAUACCGUUCAAAUGUAUGCUUCUCUAAAUGUGGCAAAUAUGAAAAAUCUUUUUUGGGUAUAUCAACGUCAAAACAAUGUCAUUCCUACAUCAUGUAGUUUUUUUUAUUGGAAUGCCUAUCAUUUUGCGCUGCUUCUCCACUGUAAAGGAUUCCAUUCUAUUGCAAGUUCUAAUAAAGCAAAAGGCUUCACUUUCUAACAGAUUUCUCUGUGUAUUGAACGGCAGUUCAGAUGUAUGAUAUCCAUAAAUUCACAAUCAUUUAUUUAUCACUUUCAAGUUUAUUACGAACCAUCAAAAUGACCAGCUCCAACUUGGCUUAUAGGUUCAGUUGUUAAAGCAUUGCACCAGUAUUGCAGAGGUCAUGGGUUCAACUCGCAUACAAGCCUGAAUUUUUCAGGCUUUCUUUUCACUACUGCUUAAGUAGUGUACAUAACUGCAGUGAUUGCUCUCAUCCUCAUAGAUCAGGAGUGUAACAACUCACUGUCAAGAAAAGUUGGGAGAACAUAAGAUUAUUCACCUCUGGCUUGGGAUUUUCAAAUUUUUAUUCUUUCCUAUUAAAAUAUCAGGGUUGAUUGUAUAAGUAAUCAGUAGUAAAUAGGUUUUUAUCUUGAUUGUUGUAAUUUUAUUAUCAUCAACUUUGUUUUUAGAGGGUCACUAGGAAGGGAGAAUAUAAGAAUUUUUUUUAAGAUCUUUUAUUUUACUUACUAUUUGUAAAUAGGCUUUUUAUCAUUGUCGUUGUAAUUUUAUUGUUAUCAAUUUGUUUUUAGAGGGCCACAAGGGAGAAUACUUUUCAAAGUAAUUGGUGUCACCCUCUUAAAAUAAAGGUUAUUAAUAAUAUAAAAAUCUUUCCAUCUUAGGCUUGCCCAAGAGGUUAUAAUACCAAUGGCACGGUAUGCUUGGAAUGCUCAUCAUCUCCUGAUUUAUAUGACUGGUUGUACUUGGGUUUUAUGGCAUUCUUGUCUUUGAUAAUUCAUUGGUUCUUCAUUGACUUGUUUGCCAAAAGAGAUAGAAAAAGGUAACUUCAAAUGAAACUUUAUUAAUAUUCAGUCAUGCUUCUAUUUAGGUGCUUCAAGUUCAGAGUUUUGUGUGACUGAUGUUGUUGGGAGAUUUUUAAUCUAAAUUUUUUUUCUCCAGUACUUUGAAUACAGUUGAUUUCUCAAUUUUGUUUUUAUGACUAUUUUGCAGCAUCUUGUUUCUCUGUGUGAGUGCUUUUGUUGAAAGUACUUUAGCUGCCAUUUUUUCUCUUCUCGUCAGUAAACCUCAAGGUUAGUGUAGAACCUUAACCCUUUAACUCCCAGAUCAAAUUUGUAAUUCUCCUUACUGUCAACCAUACAAUUCUUAUAAUGUUAGUUCUGAAAAUUUAGUAUUGGAUCAAUUAAUUAUUCCCAAAUUGAUAUUUUUCUUUAUUCUCAUCACUUUUCUGGUUGAUGUUAUAUUGAUAUUGUGAGGAAAAUUCUGUCUUGUCACUCAUGGGAGUUAAAGGUUAACAGAUGCUGCAAACAUGUAUGAAACAUUUAAAGGGCCUUGUUUUAAUUUUUUGUUCCCAUGCAACACAUAGACAAUGCCACAAUUGGAUAUGACUGCUUACCUGUAGAUUACAUUGAGGUUAAAUGCUUUAAUCAAUCACUACUUUUGCAGUAUGUUUAAUAUGUUGUUACUGCAUUGUAUUUUAUCUCAAUUGUGUUAUGUCAUAAUGAUGCUCUAUGCAUUUACUUUUUAUCUUUGUUUAAGCAAGAUAUAUCAUCAGUUUUCUUAAGCAGCAAAAAUUACAAAUUGACCUUCCAUGUGGUUUGAAAUCAUUUCAACCCCAAUCCCAUUUUAACCCUUUCACUCCUAAGAUCUCACUAGUUAUUCUCGUUACUGUUUCACAUUCAAUUCUUGUGAUGAUAGUUGGUAGAAUUUGGGGUUUGGAUCGACUAAUAAUCCCCUUAUUGAUAUUUCUCUUGAUUCUCCUUGCUUGUCUGCUUGAUAAUGUAUUGAUAUUGUGCAGUAAGGAGAAAUUCUGUCUCAGUCACUCAUGGAAGUUAAAGGGUUAAACUGCAACAUGUAUAGUUCUAUGGCAACUUCUGUUUUCUGGGGACUAUGUCAUGGGCAGAGAGGGGCAUGGUGAGAGUUAAGUAUCUUGCUCAUGAGCACAACACAGUGAGGUUCCCUGAACUUUAAUCAAACCUCUUGACCUGGCCCCAGUUGUUUGAGGGUUGGAUAUUGCUAUCCAUUGGCUAAAUCUCUGCACAGUGGAUUACACUAUAUGUUUUGCUAUCACUUAUCUGUGGGAUAGUGAUUUAUCAUGGGAUAGUGUUGUCUACCCUUUAUUCAACUGGCCCCUGGAGUCCAGCAUGUGAACUGAUAGGCCAGAACAUCUCCCACUUGAGAAGGACUUGUUAUCCUUUGAGGGAAAAACAGAAUGAACAACACAGGAAAGAGAUAUCUUUUGUCUGACUUUAACUUUAAGCAGUAUACAUUGUUCUACAUUUACUGGUCUCUUUUCCAAAGAUCAGUGUUUAUGUGGAUAAAUUAAACUUGUUUUGUCUUUAAACAUAUAGGCAGCCUAAGUUUGACCUCAUGCAAGACAAAACAAAUUGCAGACUGGUAUACAAUAUUCUUUAAUCCCAAACCUGAUUAUGUCAACACCAUUCAUUGCACACAGGAAGCUGUUUAUCCUUUGUAAGUAGCAACAAAAAGGUGGUUUGGUGAAGAAUUGAUUAUUAUCAUUAUGAAAAGCUCCUACUGAAAAAGAUUUUUUAGUAUAAUUUUGUCCAUUAAAAUGUACUCAAAUUUACAAUAAACCUUAUAGGGGAGUAUCUGGUUCGGCAAGGAAAUAGGGAAGUACAAAAUGUGUGAUGUUGACGACAUUGUUGAGGAAGUUUAUUUUAUGGCCUGAAGAUGAUCAUUAGUCAUUUGUUUUCUAUGAAGGCAUUGAAUGAUGAAUUGUCUGCAAUGAAUGUCCUCAACAGGCAGACAACAAAAUGUUUGCAUUGCAAUCUCUUAAAGCAUAUGGGACAUAUUGAUAAAGGGUGCCUCGGGCCAGGUUAUCAUUGAAUGUAGAUCAGGUAUAUUCUGUGAGACCAGAAGUAGACAUUCUGGUGAAUUUCUGUAUGUUUUUCGGCUUUUUAAUGUUUGGGUCUCCUGUGUCAGGUACACCAUAGUGCUCAUGUAUUAUGCACUCUCUGUUGGGCUCCUGUUUUUGUUCCGGCCCAUUAUUUCACACCAGUUCUGUGAUGGCCAGGGGCGAGAUUCUACGUAUGCUGCCAUGUACUUCUUACCAUCCCUUGCAGUGUUGCAUGCCUUAUUUGGUGGAAUCAUUUGUAAGUGUUUUUGUUCUGUUUUGUUUAUGAUGAGGCAUCAAGUUAUUUAGUCUUGAUGAGAAAACCUUGACACUCUAUAUGACAUAUUCAUUAUACUUUCCAUUCUUUUAUUUUCAAUAGAUUAUUCUUACCCAUACAUCACUUUAACUGUCUCUGUCCUGAGCACUGCUGCAGUCCUUGCCAAGAAUAAAAUAACGGUUAGUGUACUUUGCAUAUCCCAGAUGGUAUGGUUUUAAUCCUUUAACUCUCUAGAUCUGAUUGUUAAUUCUCCAAUCUAGCUGCUACACAUUUCCUUGUAAAUUAGUUAUGAGAACUUGGUGCUAGAUCAAGAUAGCAGCUUCUAGCUGAUAAGUUUGAAUAUUCUCAUCACCUGUUUGCUGAAGAAUGUAUGAAUAUUGUAGGGAGAAGUUUUAUGUUAAUCACUUCUGAGAGUUAAAGGAUUCUAAUGCAACAGUGUAACAUCAUACAAGCCUAACAGGACCUGUACUGCUGUAGCUUUCAUCAGCUUAAAGUAAUUGCAGCAUUUUGUAAGGUUUUUUUUCUGACAUAUUGUCAGUGGGUGUAGGGAGGCACUGUAAUAAUGAAGUAGCCUGGAGAACAGGCAUAAUUUUUUUGUGUAUUUCAGGCGAAGGGAGGAAAGUGCAAAAAAUAAUUAUAUUAGUAGUUUGAUAUGUAACCCCCAGGCCACCUCGUCUCCCAACAUUUGUGACAAUGUGUCAAUUGUAACUAAAAAUUGCUGAACAUUUUUUUCUAAAAUCAUGUUUCUUUUUAGCAUAUCAGUCAGUUGGUCAAGAGCAAACGUCACGCGAUAAUCAUCGUGGCUCAUUGGUUGGCGCAUGCGUAUGGAAUAUUGGCUGUCACGCAACUCCGUGACCCUGCAGUUCAUGGACCGAUGUUCGCAUUAGUGUUGGCUCCAGUGUCAUUCUUUUUGUUAACACAUUCUUUUACGGAACCAAGCAAGUUUAAGACUCCUUGAAUUCACUUCACGUUCUCUCAUAUUGCACUCAGUGUCGGGAUGUGAUUUCGCUAACUUCAUCACGCGGUGAAUUACGCUGGGGGAAAAAAAGGGGGGGGGGACACAUCGCCUGUAAAUUCGCGAACCAAUAAUUACACUUAGUUCGUCUCCCCCCCACACAUACACAAAGAGGACCACGUUUAUUUUUUAAAUUUCUCUUCAUGUUGCUUCUUAUAAUUGUCCUAAAAGACAUUUAGAUCCAUGAUUUUGUAAAAUGUAGUAAAAAAAGGGCAGACAAUGUCUGCCAAAUAUGUUAAUGAAACUGGCGGCACGAACUCGAAUUUGAAAAAUCUGUCAUUUCUGUGUCAUUAAGGUAUGGGCAGUAAAAAUAGAAAUUAUUUAAGAGUAUUAUAUUUGCUGUUCUUGAAUGAUGUUAAGUGUGGCCAGUGCUAUCCAUUGUACCAGACUUCAGUAAAUCUGUUGAGUAAUUAUUUGAGUAAGAAUGAAUCAGAUAUAAACAUCACUGUUUAAUUAUAUUUUUAUAUUAUGCUUGCUAUUAAGUCGUGAUUGCGACUGAGAAAUGCUUAUCUGCGAUAUUAGGCGCUCUCUUUUUGAUCGCGAACGAGUAGCGACUCAUGAAACCGACAGUCGGUGAAACGAAGAAAAACAAUGCUUGAUACGAUUUCUCAAUCUUAGUAGGCUGAUUAAUCGUGUGUCACGACGACUCGCAACUUGAACUGUAUCUAGAUCAAGCCAGUUGGACUUUAGUCUUCCUUCUCAGCUCUUCUACAGAUGUCACGCAUUUUGAGGGGAGUGUCGCGUGAUAUCCCCCAAGAACGGCUCCAAAGAAGACUGUCUCGACUACAUUGAUCAUACUAUUCUUGUGUAACCAGCUUUGCUCUCCUAGCCUGGUCUUGCCCUUCUUGUACUGGCCUGGGCUUUCAAUUUUUUUUUUGUCUUUUCCUCUUUCUU